GCCCCCUUUGCGGGGUCAGCUCGGGGGGCCGGACCCCGCUCUAGAUGGGAUAAGCCGUAAAGAUGUUUAGCUUUGAAGGGGAUUUCAAAACAAGGCCCAAGGUGUCUCUCGGAGGAGCGAGUAGGAAGGAAGAAAAGGCUUCUCUCCUGCAUCGUACUCAGGAAGAAAGGAGAAAACGAGAGGAAGAAAGGCGGAGGCUGAAAAAUGCAAUAAUAAUCCAGUCAUUUGUAAGAGGGUACAGAGACAGAAAACAUCAGUACUCUAUCCAAAGAAGUGAAUUUGAUCGCUGUGCUAAUUUGGCCCAGUCUGGAGGAACCUUUUCCACUGCUAAUGGAGCUAAUUUGACCCUUCUAGUUCGUCAGUUACUCUUUUUCUAUAGACAGAACGAGGAUUCUAAGCGUUUGAUAUGGAUGUGUCAGAAUUUAAUUAAACAGAGUUCUCAGUUUGUUAAGCAAUUGGAUGGUCCAGACAGACUUACUUGCUUAUUCCAAAUAAAAAGACUGUUGGGGCUGUGUUGCAGGCUAUUGCAAAAUUGCAGUGAUGACAGUCUGAAUGUUGCACUUCCUAUGAGAAUGCUUGAGGUAUUUUCAUCUGAGAAUACGUAUUUGCUUGUUUUACAAGAUGUCAGCUAUGUGACAUCAUUAAUUGAACAAAUUUUGCACUACAUGAUUCAAAAAGGCUUCUACAAGUCGCUUUAUUUGUUAAUUAACAAUAAGCUUCCCUCGAGUAUUGAGUAUUCUGAUGUUUCUCGAGUCCCUAUUGCAAAAAUACUUCUGGAGAAUGUUCUGAAGCCAUUGCACUUUACAUAUAGCUCCUGUCCAGAAGGUGCAAGGCAGCAGAUUUUUGCAGCCUUCACAGAGGAGUUUCUGGCAGCACCUUUUACAGAUCAGAUACUCCAUUUCAUCAUUCCAGCGCUUGCUGAUGUGCAGACCGUUUUCCCUUAUGAACUCUUUCUGAAUGCACUAUUAUUAGCAGAAAGCGGAUGUUCAAGAAGAAGUGAUCAAGCCCCAUGGCUUUUUUACUUUGUGUUAACAGUUGGAGAAACAUAUUUGGGAUCCCUUUCAGAGGAAGGACUUCUUGUGUAUUUGAGGGUACUCCAAACUUUUCUCUCUCAGCUGCCUGUGUCUACUGCUGGUACAAAUUGUCAAGAUGCAAACAGUGAUUCUGAAGAUGAGGAUGAAGAGAUCAAUAAAAUGACAACUACACCAGGUGAUGGGAGAAUAUCAGUUCAGUACAUAACUGAGGAGUGUCUAAAGAAAUUGGAUACAAAGCAGCAGACAAACACUCUCUUGAAUAUGGUUUGGAGAGAUUCAGCUAGUGAAGAGGUCUUUACCCUGAUGGCAUCAAUCUGCCACACGCUAAUGGUACAACACCGAAUGAUGGUGCCAAAAGUCAGGCUUCUUUAUAGUUUAGCCUUUAAUGCCAGAUUCCUGAGGCACCUUUGGUAUUUGAUAUCUUCAAUGACUACACGAAUGAUUACAGGGUCUAUGGUACCACUCCUUCAGGUGAUUUCAAGAGGCUCUCCAAUGUCUUUAGAAGACUCUAGUCGAAUUAUCCCCCUCUUCUACCUUUUUAGUUCUUUGUUUAGUCAUUCACUUAUUUCUAUUCAUGAUAAUGAAUUCUUUGGUGAUCCAAUAGAAGUUGUAGGUCAAAGACAAUCAUCAAUGAUGCCUUUUACACUGGAAGAGCUUGUAAUAUUAUCACGCUGCCUUCGAGAUGCAUGUUUAGGAAUCAUAAAAUUGGCUUACCCAGAAACAAAGCCAGAGGUUCGUGAGGAAUAUAUUGCAGCAUUUAGGAGUGUUGGAGUAACAAAAAAUACAGAAAUGCAGCAAUGUAUACAGACGGAACAAAAAAGGUGGAUUCAGUUAUUCAAGGUCAUCACAAACUUAGUGAAAAUGUUGAAAUCUAGGGAUACAAGGAGAAAUUUCUGCCCACCAAAUCACUGGCUCUCAGAACAAGAAAACAUUAAAGCAGAUAAGGUUACACAGCUGUAUGUGCCAUCCGCUAGACAUGUCUGGAGAGUCAGAAGAAUGGGAAGAAUAGGACCAUUGCAAUCUACUUUGGAUGUGGGUUUGGAACCAGCACCUCUUUCUGUAUCUGAAGAACGACAACUUGCAAUUCUGACAGAGCUACCUUUUGUAGUUCCUUUUGAAGAAAGAGUAAAGAUUUUUCAGAGACUGAUCUAUGCUGAUAAACAAGAAGUGCAAGGAGAUGGGCCAUUUUUGGAUGGAAUUAAUGUCACUAUCAGAAGAAAUUAUAUUUAUGAAGAUGCUUAUGAUAAACUUUCUCCUGAAAAUGAACCUGACCUAAAAAAGCGCAUUCGUGUUCACUUACUUAAUGCACAUGGUCUUGAUGAAGCUGGUAUUGAUGGUGGUGGAAUUUUCAGAGAAUUUCUGAAUGAACUACUUAAAUCAGGAUUUAACCCUAACCAGGGAUUUUUUAAGACCACCAAUGAAGGACUUCUUUACCCCAACCCUGCUGCACAGAUGCUUGUUGGAGACUCUUAUGCCAGACAUUACUACUUUCUUGGAAGAAUGCUUGGAAAGGCUCUUUAUGAAAAUAUGCUGGUGGAGCUGCCAUUUGCUAGUUUUUUCCUCUCAAAAUUACUGGGGACAAGUGCGGAUGUUGACAUUCAUCAUUUAGCUUCGUUAGAUCCAGAAAUGUACAAAAAUUUGCUUUUUCUCAAGAGCUAUGAAGGGGAUGUAGAAGAACUUGGACUAAACUUCACGGUGGUAAAUAAUGACCUUGGGGAAGCGCAGGUGGUUGAGCUGAAGCCAGGUGGAAAAGACAUUCCUGUUACCAGCGCUAACCGAAUUGCGUACAUUCACCUGGUGGCAGACUACAGGUUAAACAAACAAAUUCGACAGCAUUGCCUUGCUUUCCGUCAGGGACUGGCCAAUGUUGUGAAUCUUGAAUGGCUUCGAAUGUUUGAUCAACAGGAAAUACAGGUUUUGAUUUCUGGUGCCCAAGUACCUAUUAGUUUGGAUGAUCUUAAAUCUUUCACAAACUAUUCAGGUGGCUACACAGCAGACCAUCCUGUAAUUAAAAUAUUCUGGAGAGUUGUAGAAAGCUUCACUGAUGAAGAGAAACGCAAACUACUCAAGUUUGUAACAAGCUGCUCUCGACCGCCUCUUCUGGGGUUUAAGGAGUUAUAUCCUGCAUUUUGCAUUCACAAUGGAGGAUCUGAUUUAGACAGGCUACCUACUGCCAGUACCUGCAUGAACUUGCUGAAGCUUCCUGAGUUUUAUGACGAAAAUCUUAUGCGAAGCAAGCUUCUUUAUGCCAUUGAAUGUGCUGCUGGAUUUGAAUUAAGCUGAGUCGAACUGAUGCUUAUUUGGAUGAUCUGCAGAGGAACUAACCAGUGCCUACUCUAUAAGCAGCACCCAUACCCAAGCAGUUUUAAGGGAAUUCUGUCUAGAUUUCUGCAGCUCUUGUGUCUUGUCAAAUGCCCUCAAAUAGGUUUCAUUUUUAAACACGAUUUCUUAGUUAGCUUUCCUUAAUUAAUAUUACAUUGACACUGCUUUAUGAUUCAAAACAUUGAAUGCCGUGUGCAGUGUGGCUGUUCUCUGUGUUUAUGCGAAGAAAGAGCACAUUUAAAGAACAGUGACAUCUCAGUGAAAUUAACCAAAGAUGAAGCUUUGGCUUUGUGCUGUUCAAACAUAAAUAAUUUCACAAACUGGCAAUGAAGUUGUGUACCAUGCAGCGCAUUGGGAUGAGACAGGGCUAACAUCCUGUAAUUAAUCUUUUAGAUGGAAGUGAAGCAGAUGUUUGCAGAUAUCCCAGAACUGAGGGGAUGAAAAUGCACAUUACCGAUAACAUAACAUCUUUACUUAUGUUGUAGAAUUGUUUACAAAUCAUAGUUGUUGCAGAACUGAUUUUGUUUUAUACUACCUUCCCUCAAGAUGGUAGGCACUGAGAUAAAACGUUUAUAAUAUUCCAUUUGUGCUUUCUGAAAUACCUUGGAGAAAUCGGAUUUGCAUUAUUUUAAGUUCAACUUUUGGCUGUGUCAUUAUCACUUGAACACUGUCGUGGAUGGAUGUGACUAUCCAUGUUUUCUCUGUUCUGUUUCUGUCUUUUGUGCCUGUACAGAUUUUUUGUUUUUUAAAAAAUGUAUCAGACUCCUGUUGCAUACGCAAUACAUACAAAAGUCAUCACUUUGGAAAAAUAUACAUGUAACAACUAUUAAAAUUAUUUGAACCAAAGUUAUCAGGCUUUAUCUUUUAUAUUUGAAGCCUGUGGUGUUCACGUUCCUUUUCCCUAUCAUUUCUUUCCAUCUUAAAUACCAUAUCUGUGCCGUAAACCCUAGUCAAAUUCAUUAUUUUUUUUGUGAUUAAACAGCUUUUAUAUCCAUCUGCCUGCAGUACUUCUGCUAAGAAAAGUAGGUGGGAAUAUGCUGCUUAAUAUUAUUUGGUAUCUGGGAAAAAACUUGCUUUCAAAUGGAAGGAACUGAUCCUCUAGUAGUAGGCACAUCGCUGGGUAUCCGUAUGCAAACUGCGGUCAAUUUAAAAAAGGAAUUACAGUUCAAACUGUAAGAUUCAUAAGUGCAUCCCUCUGAACUUUAGUUUUAUAUUUUAAAUCAUGAAAAUUUACAAUCAAAUUUGUAUUCAUCUCUUAUGCAAAAAAAUAUUUUGCUGUUACUGGAAACUCUGUUGGAUUUCAUAUUUAAUAAGCAGUAACCAGCAAUAUCCUUCUAAAUGUGGGGAAACUGAGUGAUUUUAAGAUGUUUACUAGUAAUCAUAUAAAAAUGUAUAAUUUCUUAAUUUGGGUAAUAAAUGAAGUGUUGAAAUACUAUUUGUAGUCUUGAUGUACAGAAAAUAAAACGAUUGGUUUUCUUUUUGGUUUUGCUUUAGGCUUUCUUUAGGCUUUUAUUUAUGUUAAAUGUUACAUACCCAACCUGUUCUUUAUCCCAAAAUUCUUUUCUUGUAUAUUUUUCUACAUAAAUUAUGGAACUUGUAAAGAAGUUGAAAAAGAGAUCAGUAAUAGUGGAACUGCCUCCUCCUAAUUGCAAAACCUGAACACUUCUUUUAGAUAGCAUUAUUUAUUUUAGAACCUAAUGCUUUAAAUAUUUUGAAAUUAUUUUUCAAUUCCAUUAUUUUGCUACACUGGGUAGUGUUAUCUGUAUUUUGUAAAAUUAAAUUUAAAUUUUCUAUUAAAUAUUCAUAUUUUGACGAUUGUGUCGGAGUCAUGCCAAGUAAUCAUGACUGGUAAUGUACGCUUUCUGCUUUUGUAAAAGGAGACGGUGCACGCUAUUCCUGUCUGUUACCAUGAACGCAAGUUCAACAGAGAGAGUAGGCUGGGGGGAAGUGUGAGUUGCAGAUAGGUGUAGUCAUGUAAUCGCAAGAAUCGCACAGCUGCAGAAAACUUCAGUAGAGAAUUUGAGUUUGCUGAAAAUACUCUGACUUUUUAUGUCUUCAGUAUGUAGUACUCGGUGAUCUUGUUUUGUUUAUUCUGUACAUUAAGUACGAAAUUCUGACAUACUCGAGUCAGUGGGAUUGUAGCCUUGAUUUCAUUCUGCAGGUAGUCAAUUGAAAAUCUGUGCUGCAACAGCUUACACCGCCUUCAGUAUCCAGACUGCAAUAAGAAGAGGGUAGGGCUUUCCUUUGGCAACGGGUCCCUUCAAUUCUGACUGUCAACUGUUUCCGUAUAGUCAGGAUGAAGCACGAGUCCCUGCUUUUCAAUGAUCUAUUGCUGGAUAUUUUAAGGAACGGGAGAUAAAGGUAUGAGGAGUAAUACAGAUGUAGUCAGUCCUGUCCUGAGGAGCUAGGUGGUCUAAAUGAUCUCUUGUAGCUCUUACGCAGCAAGAAUUGUUUAUAUAUGAAAAUGGAUUUUCUGUUUUCUAAAAGAAGAGCGAACUCUCUCCCAGUUGUGAUGCUCCCAGAGUUUAGGUAGGCAGAGGCAGGAAGCACUUUGCAUGCAAGUAACCUGAAAUAUUAUUGUAGAUUUUGAUAAUCAGAAUUAUAGCAGUAAUAAUUAUGGGUUUGGAGUUGUUUUCUGUGCAAGACAACCCUUCCUUAAAGUCAGUUUCUGUACUUCAGUGUUUUGUCCUCCUAGUUCAGUACUUGCUUUUUGAAAAAUGACAGCAUUUUCUGCUUGGUUUUCAUUUUCAAAUAAUCUUUGUUUUAUUUUGCAACCUGUUCUAAAAACAUUUUUGUCAAGGUUUAUCUUUAUGAUGGAAGAGGUCACAAUUUCUUCAUCUCUCCAAAGUUAAAAGGCAUAAAAGCGGAAUAAAAAAAUAAAAUUAGCACUUGGUCUGUUUAUCUAGUGAGAAUUUUUCCAGAUGUGGGUUUAGUCCUACUAGCUGGAUUAAAAAAAA